CCAAACUGCACAAGAGUACUAAUUUGGCAGCACUUGGGUGAACGGGUUCAGUCAGUUCAGUCUCUAAGUUCGUGCUUUUGUUCUUCUCAAAAUUGACUUAGUCAGCCGUACUGGUCGCCGCCUUUGAAGAAUUUACAUUUGUUUGUAGGACUGUUGUGCUAAGAUCAACUUACUAGCACACAUUGCCAAUAUAUUCGACACACGGCUCCCCUUGUCGUUCACUGGCGUUGCUGUCACCAUUUUACCCAUUUCCACCGAAAACCGUUCUUGUUGUCCAAGAUUGGAGGCUCGAGUGCAAAGAUGUCAAACCGAAUGGUGUGCAGAGAAGCAAGUCAUGCCGGCAGCUGGUAUACAGCCUCAGGAUCCCAGCUGAACACACAACUCGAGGGCUGGUUAUCUCAAGCACAAUGCACAGACAAACCUGCCAGAGCCAUCAUUGCACCACAUGCUGGAUAUACCUACUGUGGUUCUUGUGCAGCACAUGCUUAUAAACAGGUGGACCCCUCUAUCACUCGGAGGGUGUUUAUCCUGGGACCUUCACAUCAUGUGCCGCUGUCACGCUGUGCCCUCUCGCCGGCAGAGGUUUACAGAACUCCCCUGUACGACCUCAAGAUCGACCAGAAGGUUUACGGGGAUCUGUGGAAAACGGGUAUGUUUGAGAGGAUGAGCAUGCAGACGGAUGAGGACGAGCACAGCAUUGAGAUGCACCUGCCUUACACAGCUAAAGCCAUGGAGAGCCAUAAAGAGGAGUUCAGCAUCGUGCCCGUGUUGGUGGGCGCCCUGAGCGAGUCCAAAGAACAGGAGUACGGCAAACUGCUCAGCAAGUACCUGGCUGACCCCAGCAACCUCUUCAUCAUCUCCUCCGACUUCUGUCACUGGGGUCAGCGGUUCCGUUACACUUACUAUGAUGAAAGCCAAGGGGAGAUUUAUAGAUCCAUCGAACAUCUUGACAAAAUGGGAAUGGGCAUCAUAGAGACGUUGGAUCCCAUGUCUUUUAGCAAUUACUUGAAGAAGUAUCAUAACACUAUUUGUGGUCGUCAUCCAAUCGGAGUGCUGUUAAACGCCGUGGCUGAACUGAAGAACAGUGGUAUGGAUAUGAACUUCUCUUUCCUGAACUAUGCCCAGUCGAGCCAGUGCAGAAACUGGUCGGACAGCUCCGUGAGCUACGCUGCUGGGGCCCUCACUGUUCACUGAGGUCAUUGACCUUGACAAAAAGCCAUCGCAGUCCCCAGACUCCAGUCACCGCCUUUCUCCCCACCCCACCCCAUCACCUAACCCCCUGUCCCUAAGCUCAUGUCCCAGCCCUGUGUGUCUGAGUCAAUAAACCCACAUCACCCAUCAACCAUCCCCCCACCCACCUCCUGCCUUUUUUUUAUUAGAAUGGCACGGACGUUGAAUGCAGUUUUUAAUCCUUUUACUUGCAGAGUUGAUAUGUAUCAAUUUAGAAACUAACUCCUCCUAGCCCCAUACCAUACGCACAUGGAUAUGUCAGCAGUUGCUUUCAGUUGGGUAAGGAGAGAGGGCUGUGUUAACAUUACUGCUUGAUAUUGAAAUUUGGAAUGAGGCAUUUUAAGGUAUAGUGUUCUGUUCUCAGCGACCGGGUCGGGGCUUACUUGAAGUUGUGGAGGAAAAUCUUGAAGGUUUAAAGGUUAAACGUAUUUGUUAGAUGCCCCUCUCAUUCAGUUAUAAUAUUGGAAUUCAAGAGAUUAUCACACCACAUGGGAAUAUUUACAUCGGCACUCUUUAUAGUUAUGUAAUAUUGUCAUAACAUAAAAAUGCUAUUAAAAUGGUGUAUGGAGUAUAUCACUUAGUCACAUUUUAAAGAGAAGUGGUCUAUUAUUAUUAUCAUCAUGAUUAUAGCUAUAUCCAUGAAAUCCCUUGAGAGUAGCAGAGUAAGUAGCUACUGCCAUGUGUUGUCAGUGUAGGCCUGCUAUUUGAUAUUGCUUUAUAAGGGCUACACACUUACGAAUUCACUAACCUGCAGCCGUAUGACAAACAUGCAUACUAUAGAUCUAUAAAAACCAAAAAAAAAAAAGUUUUUAUGCUUUUCCAGUAGUCUAUUAGAAGGUGACCCUUUCCUUUCAAUUCAUACAUGUUUGCUUCUUUCCUUGGCAUUUAACCAUAUCCCUUUUUAGUUCAAUUUGUUAGUAGUAUUAUUACCCUGAUUUCGUGUAGCUUGUGUGAUGAUGUACUUGGAUGCAAGGGGCGCUUAUAGAUUGCCCCCUCGAUUGGUUUGGUCUUAGUGACACAUCAACAGUUCCCACAAGCUCUGUGUAGCGGAGGGAUAUUUGCUGGUUGGCACGUACAAAAUAGACGCGGAGAAAAAGCUUAUGGACACUUAGUAAUAGUUGUGCUCUCAUGUAGGCUAGUUGUGAAACCCUCUUGCAUUUUACAAUUUCUUUACUUUACCACAUGAGCACAAUGCAAAAAAAAAAGACACACCCUCUCUCAUCCAGUGUUUGUGACCUCUUGUCAAUCACACGAAGCCCCCUUUUAAGUGAAUGAAGGAGCAUGGCGAAUAGAGAGGGGGGGGUGGGGGGUGUACUUCGAAGUGUUCUGUGGAAUGGGGCAGUUCUUCACACCAUGCAGAUGUGCCUUGGGUCACUGUUACAUUGCUGUGUUACUACAAGGGGUUAUUAUUAUUUUUUAAUUCUGUUAAAUGUAAUACUGUGUUCAACAACACCAUGCACCGCCAUCCAAACCUGACCACACCUGCUUUAUGAAGCAGGCCAGCCAGGGGAGGAUUCUUGUGCGGUCCACCAACCAUCAGUCUUCUGCAGCGCAGGACCAGCUGUUUUGUUUUUGAAGAUCUCCGUCUUUUUUUUUCUCCAAGGAAGGACGGCAUCCAUGUCCAUUGUCUGCUAUUCUAGGAAAUACACUCCCCACCCACCCGGGUCUAGAUGAUUUCCCCCUCACUUGUUGUAAUUAUUUUUCAUUUUUUCCCCCCAUUGUCAAUGUUAUAUUUCAGUCUGUAAUGUUUUGUUUUAAAUGUAAGCGUUGUCACACAUCAAAUGUCAAGAGCGAACUGACUCUCUGAAUGGAACUUGAUUAUUAUUUUUAUUUUAAUCUCAGGUUACAUUGAAGCAUCACUGGAUGCUUGCCAGAUAUGACUCAAGGGUCAAACCCAAUGUUACAAAGAAACAAACAAACAAAAAAAUCAGAGUAAAAUAAGUUCAAACUGA